AUGACCCAAACAACUGUGACAACAGACUGGAAGAGUCGCUUUGAAGUCGAAGAAUUCCGAACAUCUUGCGAUCACAUCCGCGACUGUUACGAAUCAAUGAAGUGCAGAAAAAACGACACUGACAUUCUACAAGCUCGAAAGAGCACUAAAGGCUAUUGCGAUAGAAUGCUAUUCAUGUCUGACAAUUUCCCGGAUUGCAUUCAGAAAUUGAAUAACAAGAAUUCGCAGUGCUGGCAGAAAUACAUCCCAGUACCAGGAUACUCUUGUACCGACAUCUUUGGUGCCAAGAAUUGUGUGAAGUCUGAUGUUGAGAAGAUUUGCGGGAAAAGUGAAUGGAUUCGGUUUAGAGAUAGAAUGUUGAGCGUUUUUGUCUUGCUCUUAGCAGGAUUUGCUCAUGGAGCAAGUGUGAAUGCGAAACUGGCUAAAUGUGGGUACUUCAACAUCCGUAACGACAUACAAUGCGGUCAGGACAUUAUAAACUUCUCCCUAAAAGGGGUAUCAAUUUUUUGGAAGAAUCCUGCGGAAAUUCAAAAAUUCCAACAAGCAUGCGAUAAUCUUCAAAGCUGUUAUGCUUCCUUGGCAUGCCGAGACGAAGAUUGGCAUAUAAAUCAAGUCACUCAAAAUAUGCAAGCAUACUGUAACAGUAUGGUUUACCUGACAACCGACUUCUCUGGUUGUAUGCAAAAAUUGAACAGUAGAAAUUCACAAUGCUGGAUGAACUAUGUCCCAGUGAAUGGAGAUUUCUGCUCGAACGUUUUUGGAUAUAACUAUUGUGUGAGAUCAGAAAUAAUCGGAGUUUGUGGACAACAAGAAUGGAUUGGGUUCAGAGAUAACAUGAUCAACUUGUUGUCUGUUGUCUCACCAAAUUGCAAUUUGGAUCAGUUGAGAAAUCUUUGA